CUGGGGUCGAUACAGUAUGCAUCAACCAAGAAGGCAAUGCCGAGAAAGGCGUACAAGUAGCCUCCAUGGACGAAAUUUCUAAAGCCGCCCAAAGUGUCGCUGUAUGGGUCGGGCCUGAGGACUCACACACUCGGGAAGCCUUACACUUGAUGAAGAGGAUAUCGCAAAUCCCACAGGCAACAUACGAGGACACAUCCUACGAUGCUGUAGAAGCUGUUCGCGCAUUCACAACAUCCGAAUGGAUCAGCUUGAGUUCAUUUUUCUCCAGUCCAUAUUUCCAACGGGUAUGGAUCGUUCAAGAGCUCGUUUUUGCGAAAGAAGUACUCAUGCUUUGGGGAAAGCAUCAAGUACCAUGGACUGACCUUAUUCGGACAUCAUCAUACUUGAGGUCGACCAGCGUGUGGGUGCUGCGAAAGACUCACGCGUCCAGCUUCCUGCCUACACCAGAUACACCAGGGCAAGGUUUACAGAGCACGAUGCAUCAUGUCCUGCCAAUUGUCAUCUUAACACACUGGCAGAUCCGCCGUCGCGUCUCUAAAAGUACCGAUCCAUCAGAGCCCUCUGAAAUUCUAAUGAUGGGCCGAGGCCUCCAGGCUACUAUCCACGAGACAAGUUCUAUGCUAUGAUUGGCUUGGCGAAAGAGUGCGCGAAACGGUUAGGUGUGGAGUUCAACCCUCCGCCAGUGGACUACAGCAAGUCAAUGGAGGAUGUCAGCCGGGAGUUUGCUCGCAUAUAAAUCCUCUCCAAACAGUCCUUGGGCAUCUUGACCAUGAUUGAGGAUGCCUCGGAGAGAAGACUGGGUACUUUGCUAUCGUGGGUCCCGGAUUUCUC